CGAUUCUGCUCUUCUUCCCGCUGCAGCCACCCGAAGAAAAAAAAAAGGGGAACCCAGCCAUGCCUUCGAGAAACCGAAACCGGAUCUGCUCUGCUUUGUUCUGUCCGCCGGCUGCUCUUGUUGUGGGGGCGAAUUGCUUGGGUUUUGGAUCCGUGAGUUUCUCCCCUGCACUGCCGCCGGCUUCUCCCCCUGCCAAGUCCGGUUUUGCAACUGGAAAAUUUAUGGUAGACCAUGAUUGUCAUGCCCCAAAACCCAAAUUCGAGGCGCGACAAACGCCGUACACUCGUGAGACGGGUCUCACAAGUACACAAGGCUCGGAACUUAUCAUAUCACAUCCGAUACCAUCAAAAUCUGAAGAUCAAAUCUUUAAAAUUCUCUCUGAUAUCAUAAAAUCUCCAAGUACACUCUAGCUUACAAGAUCAUGAUUUCUAGAAUCUAUAUCAAUCUCGAAAUGGCUAGCCUUCUAACUC